GUUAUCUGAGUCUAUUCUUAGGCUGUCACUUCAGCUCGUCUGAGCAGGCAGCUCUUCUUCUUCUUCUUCUUCUUCUUCUUCUUCUCUCACUCUUUGUCGUCUUUCUCUCACAGUUUUUUUGGGAAGCCUCUCAUCGCUGCUGCUCCUCUUCGCGUUUCCUCAGAACUGCUGUGGGAUUUUCUAAAGUUUUGCUUCAGUCGUCGUCAGUGUCGCAGGAUCUUUGAUAUUUUCCUCCACACGUGAAGAAUGAGCUCAUACACCAUCACGCUGCCUGGCCCCGGGCCCUGGGGCUUCAGGAUGCAGGGAGGCAAGGACUUCAACAUGCCACUCACCAUCUCCAGGAUCAGUCCAGGCAGUAAAGCUGCGCAGGGAAACCUGAUCCAGGGAGACGUGAUCCUCGCCAUCGACGGCGUGAGCACUGAUGGGAUGACUCACCUGGAGGCCCAGAACAAGAUCAAGAUGGCCAACUACAACCUGGCGCUCACCAUGACCAAGUCGAAGCGUCCGAUUAUGAUGCCACCAUCGAGAAUGGACAUUGGCAUUCCCCUCAUCCGACACCCACAGCCUGAGUCACUGCAGGUCAACGGCCGCCUGUCGGCCUGCAGUGCCUCCUCCGCGCCCCCAGAGGCAACAGCAGCGGGGGCGAUGAGCCCUGCAGAGAAGAAGCAGUAUAACUCCCCCAUUGGCCUGUACUCAGAGGAGACUCUGAGGGAGAUGGCAGCGGUUCAGGAAGGUCGGACGGCCGGCGGUGUCAUAGUUAAAGAUCGUCCUGUAGACAGCGCCUCCCUCGUCUAUCAGGCCGUCCACAGCGCAGAGAAGGACCCGGAUCUGGACGAGAGUGGACGCCGCAGCAUCAACAUGCAGUCCAAGUCCUUCCGGGUCCUGGCCCACAUCACUGGAACCGAGUCUGCAUCAGAGGAGAAGGAGGCGCUGAUGAACAGCAGCUCUACUGAGCAUGCUCCGACAUGUACUGGCUCCGCCUCCACUGCACCGCCCGUUAAUGUGCAGCCUCCGGACCUCGCCCCCUGUUUGCCUGACCCCGCCCCUCUCAGUCAGCACAUUCAAACUCCUGCCAUGCACCAGCCACCACAGGCCCCGCCUCCACAUCAGUACCAGCCAAACCCACAACAGGCCCCGCCUCCACAUCAGUACCAGCCAAACCCACAACAGGCCCCGCCUCCACAUCAGUACCAGCCACCCCCACAACAGUACCAGCUGCCCCCCCAACAGUACCAACCUCCUCCACAGCAGUACCAUCAGCCACAUGCUCCGCCCACUCAGCAGAGUUCCAUUCAGAUCCCAAUUGGCUCCACCUCUUCGAAGGUGGUGAGCACCGCCUGCAUCUACCCCACCCAACCUGCUCCAGCUCCGGCUCCAGGUCCAGUGCCUCAGCCCCGCCCACCAGUUUCUGCCCCAGCCCCGCCCCCUCCCUCUGCUGUGACUGACUCCGCCUCUGGAAACCGACCACCGUGGGUGAGCGACACAAACUUUGCAGAUAAAUUCGACCCCAGUAAAACCACCACCACCACCAUGAAGGUGCCGCCGCCACUACCCCAGGCCGCGCCCCCUCCACAGGCUUACAUCCCCAACCCCUCCCCUGCUGGGCACCCCGCUCCUAGCCCCGCCCCCAUCACUCCCAGCCCCGCCAACUUCCCUCCUGUGGCGAGGGGCGUGGCUCAGAGGGCAGAGAGAUUCGCUGCCAGCAGCCGCACACCUCUGUGCGGACACUGCAACAGCAUCAUCAGAGGACCGUUCCUGGUGGCGCUCGGUCGUUCGUGGCACCCGGAAGAGUUUAACUGUCACUACUGUCACGUGUCACUGGCUGACGUCAGCUUCGUGGAGGAGCAGAACAACGUUUACUGUGAGAACUGCUACGAGGAGUUCUUCGCCCCGACCUGCGCUCGCUGUAACACCAAGGUCAUGGGGGAAGUGAUGCACGCUCUGCGCCAGACGUGGCACACCACCUGCUUCGUGUGCGCUGCCUGUGGCCAAGCGUUCGGAAACAGUCUCUUCCACAUGGAGGACGGGGAGCCGUACUGUGAGAAAGAUUACGUCGCCCUCUUCAGCACUAAGUGUCACGGCUGUGACUUUCCUGUGGAAGCUGGUGAUAAAUUCAUCGAGGCUCUGGGUCACACCUGGCAUGACACCUGCUUCAUCUGUGCCGUGUGUCACAUGAACCUGGAGGGUCAACCUUUCUACUCAAAGAAAGACAAACCUCUGUGUAAGAAACACGCUCACGCCAUCAACGUGUAAACACCUGUGGAUCUGCCGCUUCACCACAGUGGGCGACACCGCCGACUGCAACGCAACAUCGAACACAAGCCCACGACUGUUCGCAGAUGCUCUUUUGCAAAGAAUACUCUCUUUUUGUUGUUGCUGAAAACGAUGCUGCCUGAUGAUUCGGCUUCAAAGUCACGAUGUUUUAGCUCAUUUUAUUACGAACUGUAGUUUUUUUUUGUUUGUUUUUGGGUUUUUUGUUUCUUACCAGAAACAACCUGACGUCCAUGCAACGCUCAGUUUCUCAUGUACGGAGUCUCAAAACACCAACAUAUAUAUAUUAUAAUAUUAUAAUAAUCCGAUAUAUGAACUGAUAUAUAAUAUAAUAAUAAUGAAGACAAAAAACAAAUAUAAUCAAUAAACGAUAGUAGAUUCUAUAUAUCCUAGAUUCAUUCAUUUAAUUUAGACUAAAAUAUUUGAGCUAAAUUAUAACAAUACAAUACAACUUUAUUUCUUAAUGAUGUUAUUAUUAGUAUAUUUAGUCUUUUUCUCUGGUGUUUUGAUUGAAUAUUGACUCACUGCAGACUCCGUACAUGAAACAGCACCGGUGGUUUUUGUCUUUGUCAAAUCUCUGGCUUAUUUUGUGCCUAUUUUAAAUUUUUUUAAAUCAUUUAUAAACAAAAAUCUUUAACGUUUGGAAACAUAAUGUCUGUGUAGACACGAGAACUAGUUGAUUUUAACCCUAAACCUUUGUUGGUUGUUUUUUGCUUUGAAAGAGAAAAUGGCUUCUGUUCUCAGUCUGAACUUGGACUGGGAGGUUGGACUGGGGUCUUGGACUUGGGUCUUGGACUUGGGUCUUGGACUGGGUCUUGGACUUGGGUCUUGGACUGGGUCUUGGACUGGGUCUUGGACUUGGGUCUUGGACUGGGUCUUGGACUGGGUCUUGGACUUGGGUCUUGGACUGGGUCUUGGACUGGGACUUGGACUGGGUCUUGGACUGGGUCAGACCUGGUGCUAGUCUGGAGUGAAGUGGUCUGACUGUAGCUAUGUGACGGUGAACUGAAGAAGAAGAAGAAGAAACCUUUUAUGUGAUGUGUUUGUAGAAGUGAGUGAAAGAAAGGGGGUGGAGCUACAGGGUUUUUCUUAAGGCUGACAACAUGAAUUAGCUAGCCGUAUUUGAAACAUGUCUGUAUGGUUGAACGCAUUACAUUUGAUUGUUUUCAGGUUGAUUCUAUAGGAUUUAUUUUUCAGGAAGUUUUCAAAAACUAUAAACGUUUUAUUUUUACACUAAACCGCCCAAAACUGAAAUGUAUCUGUUGCCACGUCACAAUAUUAACUCUGAUAAUUAUGUAAAUUAUUUUCGCGAUGGUUGAAAUACCUGGCUCCAGCUCCAGCUCCAGUUCACUGACAAUGCCCUGUUUUUCUUCACAGUGCAACAACAAAUCGGCUUGAAUUUCAUAUUUAUUGACUGUUUUUGAUGGCGUGAUAUUUAUUAACAAGCUAAAGUAUUGUCACUGCUGCGCUCAGUGCUCAUCACAUUAUUAUUAUUAUUAUUAUAAUUAUUAUUAGUUUGUCUUUGUUUGGCCUCACAUUUUGAUUUUUUUUCUAACUACACUGUAAAUGUUGUCAACUGUUACAACUACAUUAGUUUUUUAAUCACGCUCUUUUCACCUGCUGCCUUUGAGACAAUGAUUUUUUUUAUUUAUUACAAAGAUUGAUCACAAAAAAAUGAUAAAAUAUCUGUAUACAUGUUGUAGAGCCCAUAUAAAUUAUCAAUAAUAAUCAUUAGGUUUAUUUUUGACAAAAUGUGACUUCUCAAACCUUUUAAAGACAAUAUUUAAGAUUUCUCUCGUACAAAGUGUAAAGUCUUGUUAGAAUUGAAGUAAUAUUGUAUUUAUAAUAAGUAUUUGUAAUUAAGUAUAAUAAGUAUUUGUAAUUUCACAGUUAUAAAUACACAGUUUUAACUGAUGUGUGAGGUCAGUACGAGGUUUCGCAGCGUGAAUAGAGCCUCAGAUUCACUUUAGACAGUAGUUUGUGCAAGAAAAUGUAAAAGUUUGUCAUCAACAUCUGUCUCCCUGCAGUGUUUUGUGCUUUAAAGUAAUAGUUCUGGUGUUAUUUCGAAGUGUGGUUGUAUGUGGUACUGACAGUCCUGUGAGCGCCCCCUGUGUCUGAAUGCUAAAUGACACCAGCAGGCAGCUCUGAGUGAAAACAUGGCUGUCAGCAGAGAUGCGAGGAAAAACAGAUCUUAGCCACCAAAGUCCAUAGAGAAAACCAGUGAUUUUAGCUCAUGGGGACUCAGGAGCUGCUGGUCUACUGCUGCCUCGUGUGGUCACUUUGUGCCACUGAGGUCAAUCUGAACAGGAAAAUUUAAAUGCUAAAUUUGCUAAAUAAGACAUUUGAACUUAGUGAUGGAGGCAGCAGUGGAUCGACAACUCCUGUGUGCCGUGAUGUUAAAAUCACUGAUUUUCUCUAUGGGGUUUGGUGUGGGAGAGUGAGUGGUUUGUACAUUGGCGUUCACCAUGAGCAUCUGUGUCUGGACAGAGGGGGGCGCUCACGGCACAGGUCAGCACUGAUGCUGUGUUAAUACAACAUCACUUGAAAAAGCGUGAACUAUCCCUUUAACAUCACUCAGUGACCAGCACACACACACACACACACACACGUACAGUCUGUGUGUGCUGGUGUACAGUUUUUACUCUGAAUAUUUUAUACAGUGUGUGUGUGUGUGUGUGAGAGAGCGUGUGAAUGUGUGUGUGUGUGAAUGAGUGCAUGCAGAACAGUGUGUCACCGUUUGUAGCAGCACGACGUUAGUUUGUUAGUUUGUGAUAGAAGAGCUGACUCAGCUGUUUAACCUGUGAUGAUGUCACUGCUCAUGUGAUGAUGAUGUCAUAGCCUCAGCUGCUGUACUUGGUUUGAUUGACAGGUUUUAGAAGUUGAAUAAAUUGCACUUCAAACACUU